CGCUCCGUUUUGGUUGUGACAACCUGUCAUGUCAACGUGCAUGCUGCUCCUGUUGCUGUUACUCUCUCAGGCGGGCUGCGGUCUCAGUGACUCCCCCCGCCAGCUUUGUGAAUAGCCGCUCUGAAUGGACCCAACAGUUACCUGCCAGUCAUUUGGACUUGGAUUCUGCAGGAUCUGGAACCAGUGCAUGGACUAAAAACUUUGAACAAACAGUGCAGACUGAGAAAUAAUUUCCUAAUGUAUUUGGAAAACUCUGAGCAAAGCAAAGUCUCUGGAGAAAGGGAGCAGUCUACUGAAGUCAUGCUUGCUGAACAAUGCCAGGUUCCCAAAUUAACAGAAGCUGCAGAUUUAACCAGCCCUUCAAAGGGAAGUGCUGAACUUGGCAUAAAGGUCCUUGUGGAAUAUAGUGAGCAGACUGUUGUCAGCAGAGAAAUGGACCCUUCUAUCCUUUGUGUGGAACACUGCAACAUGAAUAGAGAUGAGACUGAAUCCUGCACAUAUUGCAAUGGACACUCUGAAAGCUUUGAGCAAUACUCAGCAAGCGAUGAAUUUUUUCAAUCCGACCAGAUCCUUGAUAAGUGUGAGACUUUGGGGUUAAGCCAACCAUCUGACGAAUGUGCUCAGCACCGUGAGUGUUUUAAACCUUGCAAGUCCUCUGAGCACUGUGCUAAUCAUAGUUUAGCUUCCACAUGUAGUUCUUGCUGUGAACAUUGUGCAAAACACCUCCAAUUAUUUCAGCAAUGCAAGCCCUCUGAUCAGCAGUUUGAGUCUUUUGACUUUGAGCCAGAUAAAUUACCAGUGAACUGUGACAGUUUGGGGCAGUGUGAAAUGUCUGAUUUCAUACCUGAAUGCACAGACCACCUGGAGUUACUGCAACAAUACGAGCCUUCUGAUCAGCAGUGUGACUGCUUUGACUCUGAGCCAGAAACAUCAACAGAGGACUCUGAGCAAUGUGACAUGACUGGUUUCACACCUAACAUCUCUGAUUCAGUGGACUUAUUGGACUGUGGCGCUGAACUUUGUGAGUAUGACGAAAUUCAGAAUCAAACGGAAUACACUGAUGAUGAUGAUGAUGAUGAUGAUGACGAGAGCUAUCCACUUGAAGAAGAGGACGAGCAAAAUGAAACAGAGCCUAUUGAUGAAGAGUCCUGCAGAUUAUCAGAUGAUGUAAAUUCCUCACAUUUCGACACACCUGUUCAUGUUUAUUUUGAGGACAGUGAAGAUGUUCCCUUUGCGAGUGAAUGCUGUGAGACACACCAGUUCAAUGAAGAAAACUCUCCGCAAGCUACAACAUUAGACAAGACCACAGAUCGCUGUGAAAUGUGUGAAACUGAUUGCUUUGAAACAAGCCAAGAGUAUGAGCCAACUCAACAAUGUGCUACUUCAGAGCAGUGCAACUCUGACAAGACCUCAGAGUUUUGCAGUGAAGAAGAUGGUUCCUCAGAUUGCUCUUCUAUUGAAACCAAAUCCUUUAAGACUUGUGCCGAUGGCAGUAUUCCUUCAGAUCCCUGCUCUGAUUCAUCUGGGGAAUCAGAAAAGGGAGCUCAGGAAGAUUCAAGUGAUGAGCAGACACAGUGGGAAUCUUUUGAAGAUGAUGAAGAAAUAGAGCAAAGCAAUAUUAAAAAACCCACUGUUGAUAGUGUUAUUGAAGAUUACUUUGAUCUAUUUGACAGAGCUGACUAUUACGGACACGCGUUCGCACAAAAGCGGCAUUACAUCUCCUGCUUUGAAGGGGGAGAUAUCCAUGACCGCCUGUAUCUUGAAGAAGUUCAAUCUGCCAAAAAUGCAUGCAAAUGUAAAAAAAUCAAUGAGCAAAUUCAUGUACAGGAAACUGAUACAUGUUUUGAUUCCCCUGAAGAAGCAUGUGAAGAUACUUAUGAGGAAGAUGCAGAUCAGAGAGAUGACACCUCUUCUGGGUCUUGUGAGUCAGAGAAACAAGCUGAAGAAUGGAUUGUACAAUCAGAAUCUAGUUUAGCAGAGGAUGUAGUUGAAGAAAGUGAAUCAGAAGCCCACGCCCUUUAUGCAGAGAAUUGUGAGGAAACCGAGGAAGAUGAAGACACUUCUGAUGGAGAAGCUUGUGCGUUUGACGGCCAUGUUUCUGAAAUCUGUAACGAAGAAGAAGCUGAGGUUUGCCUGUCCUCUGGUAAUGGGGAGAGCAUGUGUGCGCCAUGUGCAGAGGACAUCUCUGUUGAAGGUGAUGCUUAUGAAGAUGAAGUCUCUGUUGCUCAGAAUUAUGAAUCUCUUGAUGACAGUACCUCUACCGUUGGUCGUUUACAGAGAUCUGUUACUGAUUACAAAAAGGAUGACAAAGAUGAGCCUGAAGAAAAAGUAUUUAUUGCAUGUUCGGAAAUGGAGCCAUAUUGGUCACUUGUUGAUCAUGAGGAAAGUGGAGAGAUGUGUGAGCCAGGUGUUGAGGAAUACUAUGCAUAUCAGAUUAAAAGCAUUCAGUCAUCUGUUAAACAAGCCCUGAAUAGAUUUAUUAUGGAAGGAAGAUCAUACAAUCAGAUAAUCCAUGGAAAAGCUAAUGAGGAUGCUUGUAGGAAUGAAAGAGAAGAUGGAAUCUGCCCAGAAGAGUGCAAAGAAGUCAGAUUUGGAAUUACUGAUGUUAUCGAACUGAGUGAGAAUUUAGCCAACUGCUCUGUUGAGGAAAAAACAACCAACGAACAAACUCCAGAAUCAGACGAAGACUAUGGAUUCAGUGAAAUUUCAAGAGAAAUAAAUCCUCCUUUAGAUAUUAUUCACAGUGUUGUCUCAAAAAAUGAGGAAAGGGAUGCACACACGCUGGUCAGAAGGACUGAGGAAAACUCAGAGGCCUCCGAACAAAGCAGAGAUUCAGAAGAGGAGCAGAGUGACGAUGAAUCCUCUGAGCCUUGUGAAUGCGAGUACUGCAUUCCACCGAUAGAGCAGGUUCCAGCCAAACCGCUGCUCCCACGGAUUAAAUCAAAUGAUGCAGGGAAGAUCUGUGUGGUCAUUGAUUUGGAUGAAACAUUAGUGCAUAGUUCAUUUAAGCCAGUGAACAAUGCUGAUUUUAUCAUUCCAGUGGAAAUUGAUGGAACAGUUCACCAGGUGUAUGUGUUAAAGAGGCCCCACGUUGACGAAUUCCUCAAGAGGAUGGGAGAAUUGUUUGAGUGUGUUUUGUUCACCGCAAGCUUAUCCAAGUACGCAGACCCUGUGUCGGACCUGUUGGACAAAUGGGGGGCCUUCCGGAGCCGUCUCUUCCGGGAGUCAUGUGUCUUCCACAAAGGGAACUAUGUAAAAGACCUGAGCCGUUUAGGAAGAGACCUCAACAAGGUCAUCAUCAUUGACAACUCCCCAGCCUCCUACAUCUUCCAUCCCGACAACGCAGUUCCUGUAGCGUCCUGGUUUGACGACAUGUCAGACACCGAGCUCCUCGAUCUUAUCCCCUUCUUUGAGAGACUAAGCAAAGUGGAUGACAUCUAUGAUUUUCUCCAGCAGCAGAGGACUUCAAGUUAACAGACAGGAUACUACGAUGAAAAUAAUCACCAGCAGCUGUUAUCACGGGGCCACGGAGGCUGGUGGGCCACAGGCUCCACGCUGCUUCCAACUACAAGGACCACACUGCAAAAAAUGUAUCAUGAAUCAUUUAAUCUCAUAUUCUUAUAAUAUAUUGCAUAAAAAAGUGAAAGAAAUCUUCCAGUAGGGUUUGGUACUUCAGCACUGACAGUUAUCCAAUCCCAGUGCCAGAUUUGUUUUUGUUUUUCUUUUUUCUUUUUUUUGUAAUACAAGAUAAAAACUGAAUGAGAUUCAGUGACUUCUGUAGAUAUCUUUUGCAGUGCAGCUAGUGUGUUGUUGUUGUCGUUAUGGGACAGCAGUGAGUAUGUAAGUGUGUUGUAAACCUAGAUUGUGUCAACAGUUGUUCGGUGCCUUCUACAAAUGAACCACAUCAAUCAUUUUUGUCAGUACAAUGUAGCGUUUUGUAAUAGUAUUCGAAGCUCUCACACAGAAUAUAACAAGUCAUUGACGACUGUCCCUUAAAUCCCAUUAACUUACUUUUUUUUGUGCCUAAAAUGGCCAAAUGUGUAUGCAGUAAAAGACAAUCAUUAACUUUAGUGAAUUUUGGUUUAUUAAUUUCUAGCAUGUUGUGACACAUUUCACUACAAACCACAUUUUUGAUAAUGAAUACUGUGCACUUACUGUAUGUCUUCGGAACGCUUUGAGCAAGUACCAUUUGUGGUAGGAAUUUGGCUCCAAAAACACAACAUUUACUUCAGAUUUUGCAUUUAGAUUGAAAAGAAACCAAAACAGUAAUCAUGGGAAACAUAGUAGUCUAAUAGUCCAUUGUCACUAAAAGUCCUUAUUCACUACUUUACAGAUGGUUGAUGAUGUUUGAUAGCAUUAAAUUCUAAUAUUACUGGAAUCUAAUUAUUAAUGUGUAAUAACCCUUUUAUAUGUUGUCUUAUGCCCAGUCCAGUCACAAAACACCGUAAUCUUGUUAUUCACAAAUUGACCUCAUACUUGCAUAGCAAUAAAUCUUGAAAAAGCUAAAUAUAAGAUAUAUAAAACAUAUAAAGUCUGGAUCUUUUGGACAGUUCUGGAUUAGCAUUAAGACAACAGCUUGACUGCACACUUAUAGGACCUUUCAGAGAUUUACCACUGCAGAAAUGGUGAGAUUAUUUUUGUACAUACAGUAUAUCAGGAUUUUAGGCAAUCGGUUUGAUUUAGUUUUAAUGUUAUUCUACCUAAUGUUAUUUUAUCUUUUUGAGUUUUUAGUUGACUUGGCCACCAGUGCAGUGUGUGGCCCAUCAAUAAUGCAAUACUGUUUAUGUGUGCAAGAGGAGGCUGCAACCUGCUAUGGCGACUUAAAGGUCCAGUAUGUAGGAUUUAGCGGCAUCUAGCGGUGAAAUUGCAGAUUGCAAUCAUUUGAAUCCCGCUCGCCUCACCCUCCCCUUCCAAGCGUGUAGGAGAAACUACGGUGGCCACGAAACUAACGAAAAACGCAAACGGCCCUAUCAAGAGCCAGUGUUUGUUUGUGCGUUCUGGGCUACUGUAGCAACAUGGCGGCCUCCAUGGAAGGGGACCCGCUCCUUCUAUAGAUAGAAAUGGCUUAUCCUAAGGUAAUGAAAACACAACGAUUCUUUUUUUCAGGUGAUUGUACACUAAUGAAAACAUACUUGGGAAUAUUAUAUUCCAUUUCUGCCAAUAGCUCCUGCUAAAUGUUACACACUGAAUCUUUAAAUAAGUUUGUUUGAUUUGAAAGCACACUUUGAUGCCUCCUAUCAGUAAACUUGAAUCCGAGCUUUUUCGUGUAAGACGUUAAUGGAGUCAAGUGUACUGCCUGAUCGAUCUGUAUAUUCAGUGUCACAGGGGAAACUUGUACCAGACAUGUUCGAGCCCUAAUUGACUUUGCCUCAGUCUGGAGCGAGUGUGUAUAUUUGUAUGUGUGUGUGGGUUUCAGUGUGAUUGCGUCAGUGUGAGUAUUUACAUUGGUUUAAGAUUUUAAAAAAGAUACUUUGACAAUACGUGAAAAAAUAUAACCUGACUUUUAAAUAAUGAUUUAACUUUUUUUACUGUAUGCAACAAGAGUAUUAAUGUUGUGACUCAAGUAAAGAAACUGGUUCAAACAAGUGAGUUUUUAAAAUUGCUGCUGUCAAAUGUUAAGAUUGAAAAAAAAAAAACAACUAGAGAUAUUUUUACCUUGCAUCAAUAAAGCAUGUUUUAUUGAUACAGCUCA